GUCAAGUCAAUCCUGUCUCUAUUAUUUUUAUGUCAUAUUGUAUUUAUAAUGAUUUUAUUGGCUUUAUUAAUAUUAUAAAAUUAUUUAAUAACACAAGUAUGUAGAUAAAAAUAAAACAUUCCUAUUAUCAUGGAUCCAAAUUUACCAUUUUACAGUGUUCUAAUUGCGGAUGGAGAAUCUUCCGAUUUACAACAUGAUUUACAGUCCAGUGGAUCAUUUUUGGGCCCAGAUGUUGAUGUUCUGGCCCAAUUGCUACCUGGGGAUGAGCCACUGGAAGAACCAGACUUAAACGGACCUACGACUUUACACUGUGAAAUUUGCCAAAAACGCUUUGAUAAUGCAACCAAAUAUUAUGGACAUCUAAGAGCUCAUUCAAAGGGCAAUCUAUGGGUUUGUGAUAAAUGUCCUAAUGAAAAGUUUGCAACUAAGCAACAUCUCAUGAAGCAUAGUUUGACUCAUAAACCUUUGGAAAGGGUGUGGAAGUGUCUACAAUGUUCAAUGGCUUUUGAAGCUCUGUGGAGGCUUCAGCAACAUUGGUUUGCAAAACAUGUUCAUUAUAGACCACACAAGUGUGACCAAUGUGACAAAGCUUUCCACAAAUUAUCUGAUUUAAAAAAACAUAAAGAUGUACAUGGCAAUAUAAAAAGGUAUGCUUGCAGUUAUUGCGAUCUACAUUUUAAAGAUAAAUCUAACCGAAAUCGCCAUAUACUUACUCACACUAAUGAAAAGCCAUACUGCUGUCCAGGCUGUGGCAGCAAAUUUAAACAGUUAGCAUCACAGAAACGUCAUCUGCAAAAAUGUCCUUUGGCUAAAUAUAUCAAGAUCGAUCAGAAGGAUAAAACCACCAGGAAGAAUUAUUGUCGUGAGUGUGGUAUGACGUUUAAGUAUAAAAGCAGUCUCCUGGAACAUUGUGUUCGAAAACAGUGUAAUACCGAUAAUACAGUAAGUGAACCAGUUAAAAAAGAAAAAACAGAACCAUUAAACAGAGAUGGAACAGUUGAUAAUAUUGUAAACGAGUUAUUGUCAGCAGAGGAUGACUAUAUGACAAUGUCUACUCAAAAUAAUCAAACUGAAGCUGACAGCAAUGCCGAUAAUCUCAUGCAGAUAGAGUUCCUCAAAGAAAUGAAUCAGUUGCGCAUAUUAGACGAUGAUUUAUUUUACAAUGAUAUAGACAUUGAUAGUUUACAAAGUAAUCAAAUAUUUAAUAUGAAUUCAAAUAAUGUGGAUUUCGGUGUUAAUGAUAGGACUGAAGAAGUGCUCUUUGAUUACACUGAAAGCGGUAAAAGUAUGGACCAAGAUUUAAUGAGUGCACUGUACCAAGUUAAAGAAAAUUUCCCAGAUGACUUUCUAAAUACAACAGAUACAAAACCUUUUAUUGACAAAGAGAAUGAUUUACUACUAAACUCCACUGUCGCUGUCAAUGAAUGUGCAACUAUAUUUGAAACUGAUGUGGACUUGGAUGCGAGCACUAAUCUAACUGAAAAUUUAAAUCAAUUAAUAGGCGAAAAUAAUGUACAGUACAUAUCAACAGAGGAUGAUGACACUUUUAUAAUAAGUGUGAAUAGUGAAGUGGAUGCAGAGCAGUUGACUGAUAUGUUAAAUAUUGGUGUGGAGGUUGAUAGUGAUAAUAAUAACAGUGAAGCUAAUACAGUCUCAGACUGCAAUCAAGUCAUUGAUGAUGUACCAAUAGUAGUUAGAAUAGAAGAACCUCAAUCAAACACUAAUACAGUGUUAGCGGCAGAAGAAACUGAUAAGACAGAAACUAAAAAAGUCAAAGGCAAAGGGAAAAAAUGGGUUAUGUUUGUAUGUGGCGAAUGUAAUAAACUGUUUAACAAAAAAGACAACUAUAAUUCACACAUAGCGACCCACGGCGGCGUGCGUCGCCACGCGUGCAAUGUGUGCGAGGAGAGGUUCGCUUACCGGUCCACACUCACUAAGCACGAGGCGGCCGCCCACACGCCGCGGGUGCUGCCCGCACACACCUGUAGCUACUGCAACAAGCACUUCAGCGCCAAGUGGAUGCUGAAAGUGCAUGUGGAACGUGACCAUGAGAGGGUGGCUAAACACGUUUGCGAUAUAAAUAAUUGUGGCAAGAAAUUUUACAAGAAAUCAGAUCUCGUUGUCCAUAAAAGGUACCACACCGGGGAGCGACCGUACUCUUGCGAUAUUUGCACCGCCACGUUCCCGCACGUGUCGCACCUCCGGCGGCACCAGCGGUUCGUUGAUUGCACUAAGAAGAUCCGCAAAGGUUGAGGACUCAUACAGUAUUAAAAAGUACGUUUUAUCUUCUAAUAGACGCUUCUGUGAUAAUAAAGCUUUUAGUGUAUUGUUAAUUAAUUAUGCAUAGGAUAAAAUUAUUCUUGAACUUGAAUUAUAAAUGUUGUAUGAUUAUGAAAUAAAAAAAUGUUUAAGAAAAGAUAUAUAUUUGAUAAAUAAAACCUUAAAUUAUAUUUACAGUCACAUAAUUCAAAAUAAUAGAUACAUUAUGACGAUAGCAAUAAUUGUUAAACUGUUACCUCUUGCAGAAGUUUAUUCUAUUAAAUAAUAUAAAUUCAUAUAAACAUAAGAUCAAACUGCGUUGUUUCACAUAAUAUACCAUAUUAUAUGUAUAAUUUUACAUGUAAUUGUUUAUUAUGUGAUACAACUAAGUAAAUGUUUUUUAAUUCGAGCCGACAGAUCAUAUGUCAAAAUUGGAGUCCUAGAUAUAACUUAAAAAAUAAAGUGAACUCUACAUUAUUUCUAAACUAUUUAAUAUCUGAUAAAAAUGUAGCUCUAUCUUAAUAACUUAACUGACAAGAUAUUCCUGCUAUGCUUAUAGUCAAGUAUAAAAUCAUAUCAAUACCAAUUUGUUAAUUAAAUUGUGACGAUUAAAUAAAUAAAAGGAAAGAGAAAGAGGGGAAGGCAGAUGAUGAAAUGGGAAGAUGAGUUGAGGUCAACUGUGGGCACAAAAUGGAGAAGAGUUGCACAGGAUAGGAAUCAAUGGAAGUCGCUGGAGGAGGCCUAUGCCAAAAGGCAUACUGAAAUGAGAGACAUAUUAUAAAAAUUAAAUAAAA